UUCACCAACCAACGGUCAGUUUAUCAACUGGCUAUGGCUGCUCCAUGCUUAAACUUACAGAUACUACAGCUAGCUUCAGGGAUAUUUAAUGGAGGAAAUUCUGGUAAACAGGAGAUGCUUGUCCGUACGUAUGUUGCUGAUUCUAGACGUUGUUUCAAGAAAAUUAGGGCGGCACCGAGUGAUUCAAAUCCAAAGCCAAAUCCAAAAAGUGUUAUCUGUACUAACUGCGAUGGAAAUGGUGCAGUUUUGUGUUCACAAUGUAAAGGAAGUGGUGUGAACUCUGUUGAUUUCUUCAAUGGACAAUUUAAAGUUGGUGAUUCCUGUUGGCUUUGUGGAGGGAAAAAUGAUGUGUUAUGUGGGGAUUGCAAUGGAGCUGGCUUCGUUGGUGGUUUUUUGAGCACUUAUGAUGAGUAGAUAGCUAGCUAGAAACUAGUUAGAUGAUAUGAUCAUAAAGUACGUAACACGGAAACGAAAACCCUGAAAAGGGAAACACGGAAACGGAAAAUUGUAAAAUGAUUUUAUUUAUAAGAAUUUGUAGUAAAUAUAGAAUUUUGAAGUUAUCAAA